CCUUUGCCGUUGGUUCCGCUCCACGUUUUACUGCUUUUGCGGACACGGGCAGCCUGACCUCAAGAAGGCUUGAGCCCAACGACUUUGGCCGUGUCCGGAGCUCUUCCCCAGCCAGUCUUUGUGAGGCCAGCUCCAUCCCCCUCGCAGGCAAAUGACGAGGCGAGCCUUCCGCCCCGCAUCGGCUGUUGAGCUUUGUGACCUCUGACACCGGUGGCCUUUGUUAAGAGCCAAGGGGCUCAUAUUACAGAUGGUGUUUGAUGAUGUUAUGGAUCGCGCACCGGAGUUGAGCCCCGGCUGGCCACUUGGGAGGGGGGGGGCACACAGCGUAGCGUAGCGUGGUGGGGUGCAGCCGGAGGCCAUGCUUUUGCUCUGAAGGCGGCGUGCCGUCUUCACCUCAAUUCACGCCCGCUUUGCCUAACGUGGGCUGACAGCUCAGCAGACCGCACGCACGCACGCUAUUGUCCCAGCCCGGCCGCCGGCUCUCCAGGUGGAAGCGGCCACUUCUGGCAAAGUCUUCCGGUUCUGCUGCCGUGAACGCGGACCAGAAGGCAGGUUCCGUGAUUGAGCCAUGGGUGGUAACGGCUCCCCAGGGCUAAGUAAGCAGAUGGGAACCAAUCAAAUUGGGGCUGUCACUUUGCUCAACAAGGUCUUGUUUUUCCCCCUGGGACAAAGUCAAACUAUUGAUUUUCUUUCUUUGGAGAUUAGUUUUCUUUUUUCCAACCAGUACAGGAACUUGCCUAAUCCUUCAUUGGCAGUUGAAGGAGGGACACAACAAAAGCUCUUUGUCUUCUGACACUGAGCAAAAACGAAAGAAGCGCUUCACCGACUUUCUUGUGCCGUUUUUAACAUCCACUCAGGGCUUUAGUCACAUGCAACGUGUCAUUAUUUGGCUGCCUUCCUGCAGCGACACACUCAUUCCCCCCCCCCCCCCCCCCCCCCAGUCGGUUGGAGGAACAAUGGAGAAGGAAGGGUGCAGGUCACAUGGCAUAAUGAGGAGAUUCCACACACAGUUUCUUGAAUGGAGGAGGGGGGGGGGCGCCACAAAUGGUUGAAGUGUAAAAUGGUGUGCACAACGUGCUGUGCUGUGCUGCGCGGCGCUCUCAUCUUAUUAGAAGCUUAACGGAUGCUUAGCCACUGGGCGGCCGGCCAGCCAGCCAGCCGGUCGCAACGGCUCCAUCACGCUAAACUCCAUCAAGGCGCCACUCACAAAUAUUGCAUCUGCUUUCUCCUCUGAGGUUUUGGGCAGGUCGCGCACCGCCCUUUCUAGAGACGUUGAACUGGAGCUGGCAACAAAAUUGCAAAUCUUGCCAUGAUUGAAAGAGGCUCGUUGAGUCACGGUCUCUAUGGCGACGUAGAAAACGGGACAGGGCAAGGUCUUGAAGGAAGCAAGAAAGGAAGGAACAUUUCUAUUGAACGUCUUCUUCUUACCACAAAGUGGCGGCAGCCAACCGCCCGCCUGCCACAGCAACAAUUUCAUUUGGGAAUUCCAGCUCUUCAAGGUGGGCCAUUUGUGGCUUCCUGUCCGGGUCGAGUCCCCUCGACACAAAAGAAUUUCCCAUGAAAAUGUCCCACCUGGCUUCAUUUGAAUCAAUUCAAAACAAAGUCCGACUUGCGGCUGGCUGCUUGCGCUCGUCUAGCCCGCUUCCUCUCAAUUCGCUGGCUCGGUUAGUCGUGUUGAUUACUCAUUGGAGGUGGAAGUAGGUCAAAAGCGACGGCCUCGAGCUCAGCGUUUGGUCGGACCCCCGGGGGCGCUGUUGCUCUUGGAAUUGUUUACAAAUAUUCUUCUUUUCAGGGGUCCUCGCCCCAUCUCCUCUUUGAGUCAAUAUCAGCCCAAACGGUGCGGCUGCACGCCAGCCAGCUUGUGCCAAGGGGGGGGGGCGGGAACAGGCGCUUAGCGACCCCUGCCCGGCCGGGCUCAAACUCUGCGAGCGCCAGGAGACUGGCAAACAAACGAGGCCGGCCGCUCGUAAAACCAGCGCAGGCCGGCGCCAGCUGGUGACACUCGCAAGGAACUGGGCGAGCGCCCAAGUCCCUGGCGGAACGCAGCAGCAGCAAGCGCGACACUGAGCGUGGGCUCCGGACCAAAGGUCGCGCAGCGGGAGAGUUUGAAGGGGCGGGGCGGGGCUGUCCACUUCAUCGUCAUUUGCCAGCAGCGCCGCCAACCUGUUGCAAUCAUUAACAGCGUCGACAGAGAUUGUUGACUCAGCCGUGGCGUGGCUGUUUGUUCAGGACUCGGGUCGACUUUCGCCUCCUGCUUUUUACAAAUCCAGGUGCAACAGGCAGCCAUUUGUUUGGCGGAUCGUAAACAAUUCUUCCGAAAAAGAAUCCAAGUGCCAGGUGCUUAUUCUUUAUCCUCUGCAUAGACUGGCAAAUCCCGUCACCGGCUCAACGUGCGGUGACAAUCAAAUCCUACUUCCAUAAGUAGAAUACAAAUCUUUAUUAAGAGAAUAAUAAGCAGUUAGCAUUUUAGCGGAGGACAGGUCAACAAGAGCUUUGACUCAAAUACGUGUGUGUGUGCGCAAGCGAGCGUGAACAAUUGGCUCUAUACUAAUGAGUGACUGAUCCUAAUACUGUACACGUGCCACGCCGUUUGUCAAGCCAAGUAGAAAACGUGCUCCAGGAUUUGGUGCAGUCCAAAGAUGUAUGCUCUUUUCUUUUCUUUUUUAACUUGAUGGACUGUGGAAGAAAAAAAUCAAUACGACUCGUAGUCAUAUCAUAUAUUGGUGUAGUGCAAAAGUUAGCUCAUUUUGAGCUACCUCAGUCAAUGGAAGGAAAUGUCGGCAAGCGAUGGGCCAAAAGUGUGUAACUCCAAGGCCCCAUUCCGGCUCUUGUUGCCCGGCCCGGCCCGGCCCGGCCCAGCCCCCCACCAGACAACAGUCUUCUGCCAUUUGGCUUGAAAAGAAAUGGGCCGACAGAAGGAGGGGCUGCGGAGGAGCGGGCCCUUUACAACAGGCAAGGGGCUCGCUGGCUGGCUGGCUCGGCUCGGCUCAUCUCAUCUCGCAAACAGCUGGCUGGCUGGCUGGCGGGCGGGAAAAAAAAAAACACUCCUUAGGUCAGUCGCUUGAUGACCCCCACUUUGGGCAAACUCGCUUGAGAUAGCAGCAUGAAAUUUGUGUGUCCAUGAGGACCGGACCGCCUCGGGGUGGAGUGAUAAUGGCGAGGGGGGCGAGCGAGUAAGUGAGAGAGAGAGAGAGAGAGAGAGAGAGGGAGACGGAAGGUUGCAGCGUGAUUGUCAGCAGAGCUCACGCGGACGGACGGACGGACGGAGGAGCGCUAAUGCCAGCGCUAAUGUGAGCGCUGAGCUGGCCACUUUUCUUCUGGGCUUGGAUUUGCGCUGCCUGCCGGCGGCAUGGUGUUCAUUGGGACCUCGUUCAAGUCGCUCGUCAAGUACUUCAAAAGGAAAGCCGUGUCCACUCUGGACGAGGAGAGCAAGUGGACGGUCCACUACGCGGCGCCCUGGCACCAGCAGGAGAACGUCUUCCUGCCGGCCAGCAGGCCGCCCUGCGUGGAGGACCUCCACCGCCAGGCCAAAGGCAACCUGAAGAGCGCCCUGCGAGAAUGCGACAAGCUGAGGAAGGACGGCUUCCGCAGCUCGCAGUACUACUCGCAGGGGCCCGUCUUCUCAGAAGCCGACAGCGCCCCGGGCCGGGACCAUGACCGUGACCAUGACCGUGACGACGAUGACCAAAAGUCCUCGGCGGAGGAGGAGGAGGACGAUCGGUCGCAGGCGCCCAGCGACAGGGGGGACGUCUCGGAGGCCGACGUGAGCCGAGCCUCGGCGCUGCCCACCCCGGAGGAGAGGAUGAGGCGGACGGCGCAGGCCGUGCCCACCGACAUCGUGGCCAUCAACGUGACCGGCGCCGUCUUUGACCGGCAGGCCAGUGUCCGGCGCUCCCUGGUUAGCACGGACACGGUGUCCCGCCGGCCCAAGAAGGUCAAACGCAGAAAGACCAUAUCGGGGCUGCCCGACAACGUCCAGCCGGACCUAGUUGCGAACGGCGGCGGAGAGCUGCGACCGCAUUCCAUGUUCCUUCCCGGGCAGUACUCCACGCUGGGCCGGGCGGGGAGCGUCAACUCGGCGCUCUGGCGCCGCCGCACCCGAGACUCCGGCUGCCAGACGGAGGAAGCCAAGGUGGUCCCGCCGUCCAUGAGGAGAAUCCGCGCUCAGAGGGGGCAGGGAAUCGCCGCGCAGAUGGCUGGCCUUUCCGUGUCGUCCUCCACCGGAAGUAUCUGCGGCGGCGGCGGCGACCCGUCGCCGUUCAACAGCCUGCCCCGCCAGGGCGCCAGGGUGUCGCUCAGCGCCGACCCCGUCUGCAGCAGCACCCCCAUCAAGGCGCAAGACGGCGGCGCUCCGCACAGGCGUGUCGGAAAGCUGCGGGCGGACCACACGGCCGUGCACCUGAGGAGCGCGCCCAAGUUGGACACCCUGCCCGGGCCCCAGGAAGUGCGGCGGACGCGCUCCAGCGAGUGGGCCGGCGCUCCGGCUUGCGCGGUGUCGCCGCACGCCGCCUAUUGCACGUCGCUCAUCCCCAACGCCACGCUGUCCGCUUCAUCGCAAGUGGUGGCUGUGGCCACCUCGGCGCAGCGUUCGCGGAGCGCCGACUCCCCGACGGCCGGGCCUCUCGGUCCGCCCCCCCUCGCCUCGGCUUUCGUCGAGUCAGACGACAGCGUGCGCAGUCCCAGCACCUCGCCGCCGCCGCCGCCGUGUCUGCCAGAGGACGGGUGGAUCUACGAGACGGCGGAAAAGCUCCCGCUCCGGGCUCUCACCUCCAGCUCCUCGGCUCCCAUCAAGCAGCUGUACGGCAGCCCGGAGGAGUCGUCCCGGACGACCACCGAUUCCGGCUCGCUCUACUCCCAGGACAACGACGGCUAUUAUACCUCCAUGCAUUUGGACUCGGGUCUUCUGCGCUCAGGCGGAGGGCGCCCCCCCGCCGGCAGACACAGCAUGUACGAGUGUCGCUGGGGCGACGAUGAGAGCUGGUACAUCCAUCGCUCCCUCACCCGCAGCAUUUCCCUGCGCAAAUCCAAGAAGCCGCCGCCGCCCCCCACUCGCAGCGACUCCCUGAAACGGAAGCCCGCUCCCAAGCAGAAGAACGCCGCCGCCGCCGCCGGCACGCUCAACGAGAGCCUGCUGGCCACCCUGCAGCAGCUGGGGCUGCGGCCCGGCGAAGGCAGCGACUACGAGGACCCUUGGGUGCUGCGCGGGCGGAGUCAGAGUAGCGUUAGCGCCGACAGCUCGGCCACGUCACUCAGCGCAAACGGCGUGUCGGACGCCUACGCGCUCUGCCGCGUGACCCCCGCUCACAGCGACAGCAGCAGCUUACGAUCCGACUACGCCGACUCUUGGGGCUACUACGUGGAGUACCCUCGCCGCCGCGCCGAGCAGAGCGCGCCGACCGCACCUCGGCCCGAAGACGGGAGCCGCGCGCACCCUGACCAGGAGAGCGCGGGAACAACACCGCCGCCGCCGCUCCAGGAGGCGAAAGGCAAAAGCUCCUCCCCGGAGCGUGUGCAGCGACUGACUUCGCCCUCCAGCGGCUACUCCAGCCAGUCCAACACCCCCACCGCCGGAACCCCGGUCCCCUCCGGGGUCAGGUCCGCGUCACCCUCGGCCAGCCGCCCGCGGCCCAAGAUCCCGGAGAGGAAAUCCUCUCUGCUUUCCUCGCUCUCCAUGUCGUCUUCCUCCACCUCCCUCUCGUCCACCACCUCGGACUCUCUCAAGAGCUUCGGGCCGCCCCUGACCUCGGCUCCGCCCACCCCCGUAAGCCCGCCCUCCCCGUUGCCCCCCUCAAUCGCGCAGCCGGGUUGCUCCACCUUCCCGCCACCGCCCUCGCCCGAAAGGCUCUGCCGUCCGGGUGCGUCCCUCGACGGGAGCUUAAGUCCUCCGUUGCCGCCCCCGCCUCCCGCAUCCCUCACGGCGCCGCCGCCCCCCCCUCCGCUGCCCGCUCCCACCUGCGUCUCUUCCUCCACCGAUCCCGUAAUGCCCAGAGCCGUGGUGGCCGACAGUCCGGCAAAGUCGCCCGUGCUCCUCAUCACGCCCUUUGCCCUGCAAAGUGUAAAGCUGCGCUCGGUGGCACGGACGGAGAAGGAGACAGAGAGCCACCCCAACUCUGAGGAGUCCCGUUCCCGGGAGAACCGCCCUUCCGUUAAGACUGAAGAUUCCGCUCCACCGAAGCUGCCGUCGGACACGCCCGAUGGUCCCGUUGUCGACGCCGAGCGGAGCCGUGUUUUUCUUCACCGAGGGCAGGAAGCAUUGGCGAGCGACGGCAGCUCCCAUGUCCGACACCGGCCCGCCGUCAUCGGCGACAGACCUCGCUUCUCUUUUGUCCUGCCACUGAGCCCCGGGCCGGUCCAGGAGGACAGCCGGCCUCCUCCGUGGGAAGACGCGGCGUCGCAAACGCCAGGAUGCCAACAAAACUGCCAAAUCCAUGACGAGCGUCGUCCCGUUCCCGGCUCGGAGCGCCAACCCGCCCAGAACGGGGACGAGGACGGUGCCGGCAGUGCGGCGGGCUCCGACAGCGACGACGACGACGACGACGCAGGUGACGUGUUUAACUCCAACACGGACGAGACGUCGCCGUCUCUCAGCGGGACCCCGGAGGGAACGGGGAGCAUGGUCACCCCCACUCCAACUCCCACGCGGACCACCGAGGACCUCUUUGCGGCCAUACACAGGUCCAAGCGGAAGGUGCUGGGCCGCAAAGAGUCCGAAGAGGACAAGUCGGCCGGGUCGGGGAGCCGCUCGCGGUCGCCCCCCACCUCGCCGGCGGCGCGUCCGUCGGGCUCCAUCCAGCGCCACCUGCGCAGGUCGUCCACCAGCAGCGACAGCUUCAAGGCGCUGCUCUUGAAGAAAGGCAGCCGCUCCGACGGCGGCUUCCGGAUGUCCGCCGCCGAGAUGCUGCGCUCCACCGACCCCCGCUGGCAGCGCUCCGAGUCCACCCCGCCCGACUCCCCGCCGCGGGACGAGCGCGGCCGCUACCAGGCGCUGGCGCCGCCCGCCUCCUCCUCCCCCCUCAAGUACGGCCGCUCGCGCACGCCCCCUUCGGCCGCCAGCAGUAAAUACAACGCCCGGUGUCGGAUCCUCAGCAGCCCCAUGACCGUCAUCUGCGAGCGAGACGGCGAGUACGCCGACGCCAACGGCACUUUAUCGGACGACGGUGGGGCUUGAACGAGCCGGCGUGGUGUUUUGUUUUUUUGGUUGGGCUCUUUCAUUGUAGAAUCUGUUGUUGACUUUUUCCUGUUGUAAUGGCGGCCUGUCGGGAAAGUCCCUGCGUACUUUUGUUUGUCGAACAGAUAGCAUGAAGAGACGAUUACGUUCGGCACAAUACAGUGCUAGUUUCUUUGUUCCAAGGAGAGCUGCGCUCGUCCGUCUGCUUUUCAGCCCAGCGUUAAUUGCCGGCAACAAUUCUACUCCUGCGCGAGCUGUUGUCAGCCUCAGCUCACAAGCGGACACUCACGCCGGCCACAUGGCAUCCCGCCGAGCCCCGCCUCGAAAAGGCGCUUGUACACGGACAUGGCAAUGGAUCGUUUCGCUAUUCAUUUCUCGCUGGUAUGUGUUUUGUUUUUGUGUUCAAAUAUGUUUACGGAGCAGUUAAGAAGUACGCUUGAAAAAGUUGAGUGUGUCAAGCAAGUUGGAGGGGGUGAAAAUGAUCUUUUGUCCUGAAAUUCCACACUUGUCGCAGAGAGUCCAGCCCAGCCCAGCCCAGCCAUCCUAAUGGAUUUCCGUUCAUUAAGAAAGUUGCCAGUGACUUUCCAAGCGUCUCCCUUCGUUCCACUAGGCUCAUAAAUGUGUCCCGUUGUAGAUUUUGCACUGCUGUCUUUGUUUGGCGUGCGAUUGUUGAAAAGAAUGUUUUGCUCAAAACAAGCUCAUUGUUGUUGUCACACCUGAUGGGCUUCUUUUUCUAGUGGUCACCAAAGAGCCCAAGCACAAACUGAACUCCGACGGAAACCACACGAGCUGUUGUUGAAAGUUGAUCCUGAUACACUUUUAUAUUGUUGUGUAUGUAAAUAAAUAGAAAUGGAUUGUUUUAAGUCA